AUGCAAUAUACUAUUGUAACGGAGAAUUUUGUAAACGAAGUUCCCAACAUCACUAUUUCAACCAACUUGUCAAAUGGACGAAGCAAUGGUACAGCAGCGUCAAAUGCUGCUCCGGCUGGAAAUAAUGGUACUGAAGCCAAUGCGCCAAAUGCAGAAGUUCCAAGUGAUUUUGGACCUCACAGCCAAAACUUUGAAUUCAUGCUUCCUGAUGGUUUGGCAAUGGGUGGCAAUGUGGAGGUCGUCAUGGAGGUGUCUCCGAGGUUCAACAGACCUAUGAAUAAUACUACAGAAGGUGCUCCGACAGCCACCACAACUGCUACCACUGGAUCCAACAAUACUGGAGCGGGCAUCACUAUUCCCAUGCCCGAAGAUAAUCGUAUGAUAACCCAAAUCAUGCAGGCUGUGGCUGGUCAAAUAAUCAACCGUAUGCAAGCUGGUGGCACACCCUCGGUGAACGUAGUCAAUGUUACAGCAAGUGUCUCAAGUGCUCCCAAUGCUCAGACUAAUAAUAAUACUGCUCCACAAGCAGGGCAAAAUUCUCAAGCUAGAGUCAACACGGCUACGCAUCCUACAACAUCGACUCAAACCAGGUCCACUGCCAGGCCCCAUGUUCAAUUGAGACAGGGAGGUGGAAUACGAUUGCCAUUUGGUGGUAUAUGGGGUGGUUUAACCAACAACUUCGACCCCUACUUACCGUGUAACUCCCAUCACUUGCGUCCCAGGAAUCAAAACAACAUCAACAAUAACAAUAAUACUACCAGCAAUGAGAAUAACAACACACCCAACCUCAAUCCUGAUGAAAAUGCCAGUGCACCAGACAGAGAACAGGUUGUUGAUCCAGUUCGAGCUGCAGUCAAUGUUGCUGCCUCGAUGGCUUCUUCAAUGGCUUCUAGCAUGGCUUCGGCUGCUGCUGCUGCUGCUGUUAAUGGAGCCCCUGUGGACUUGUUCCGUAACGUGUUAGCUUCACAGUCUAUGAUCAAUACUUUGCAAAAUGCAGUUGUGCAAGUCAUCGAUGGCCAAAAUAGCGGAGACUUGCUUCUAGACUUCAUCAUGGAACUGGUUCAUCGUACUCCACUCAAUGACUUGUUCUCAAUGCUGUCUGGUGGUGACUCUUCACCAUUGAAUGAGCUUCGUAAUGUAAUAAGGAGAUUCUUACUUAAUCACUUGGCUCCUGGACAAGAUAGUCUUAAUCAAGAUGAUUUGCGUGAAGCUUCCAAUAGGGCUGCUGAGUGGAUGCAAAAUCAUCUCAGUUCCGUGAAUACAAUCCCAACACGUGACGACAUAGACUUGCCUGCUACAUUGUGUUCAAUUGUACGAGCACGUUUACCAGACCUGAUAACAGUGGCUAUGGACCAGGAUAGAAGUGCUGGUGAAAAUAACUACGGAAGACGUCUAACUGGAGAACUGAGGCAAUUUGUUGAAUUAAUAGUUGCUGCUGUUAUGAACUCUUGUCAAGAUGGACAGAGGGGUGCUGAGCAGGCAUUCCAACGCUUUGUGGCCUCCGUUACACGUGGAGCUGAUCCAAAUUUGUUGAUGCUUGCUAUGUCGUACAGUGUAGCCGAGUAUAGGAAUUAUAUGAACACUGUCAAUGUCAAUCCUGAUGUUAUUCAGCCGUACAUUGUUUAUAAGAGCCAACGCAGCUCCAAUUGCCAGUCUAUGGAUGUCGAUGACGCAGACAACGCCGACCAGCGCACCUCAUCAGUGCCUUCAAACCAACCAAGCAGCAGCAGCUCAUUAUCAGGACUCAGCACCAACACCGAGACCUGCACCCAAAGUAGCAAUGCUGGUUCCUUGAAUGAAGUUCCUAAUAACAAUGACAAGAGCGCCAAUUCGAACCCUGGUGAAGCCAUGAAUAAUGUGAGACCUGCUCCGCCUCCUCUGCCUGAUAUAGAAUUGGAUGAAGACACUGCAGAACCGGUUGCUGCAGAAGUUGUCAUUGGAAGUCAACCGUGGCAUAAUGCAUUACCAGCUGACUGGGUUCCAAUAAUCAGUCGUGAUGUGAUCAGGCAGCGCAGACAAACUUCACAGUCACCACUUAGCGAUGCUUAUUUGCAAGGAAUGCCAUCGAAGCGCAGGAAAUUGAUAACAUCAGAAAGACCUUCAUUGAAUCUGGCACAAUCUCUUCAAGGAAAAUUCGCCGAUCAAAUAGAAAUGUACCAUAGCGUUGUUAUUGCUGUGAAGUGA